CUUCGCCCAUCUGCCACCCCACUCGACGCGCAGCAAGUAGCAUCCACGGCGAGCGCCCUCUUUAGACGGCAUAGACGACACCUAGACCCCGCCACAACACGCGUCAUCCCCCUCCCACACUCCCCACACUCCACUCCCGCGCGACGCCGCCUCCACCACAUUGUCCUCCUUCCUCCUCCCUCCUCCUCCCUCUCUCUCUCUACACCACCACAACAACCAUGACGCUCCCGUCGUUCGAGCCAACAGAGCACCCCCACCGGCGCUACAACCCCCUCACUGGCAAGCACGUCCUCGUGUCGCCUCACCGCACCAAGCGGCCAUGGAACGGACAGACCGAGGAGCCAGUCAAGGUCAGCCUCCCGGCCCACGACCCAAAGUGCUACCUGUGCCCUGGCAACAACCGUAUCGGCGGGCACAAGAACCCCCACUAUGAGCACACCUACCUCUUCGCCAACGACUUCCCGGCCCUCCUGCCAGGCGACCUCCCGCUGGUGCCGGGCUCGAUGCCCGAGCUGCCCGCGUCCGGCUCGGUGCCGGACGGCGUCGACGGCCUGUUCGCGUCCGAGCCGGUUCGUGGCCGCUGCUCGGUGCUGUGCUUCCACCCGCGUCACGACGUGACGCUCGCCCGCAUGAACCACAAGGACAUUCUCGCCGUCGUCCAGAAGUGGCGCAAGGUCUACCUCCAGGAAUCCGACUUCCUGCGCACUACGGCACGCCCCGGCGCCAAGGAUGAGGGCUACGUCCAGAUCUUCGAGAACCGCGGAGACAUGAUGGGAGCGUCGGCGCCCCACCCCCACGGCCAGAUCUGGACGCUGUCAUAUGUGCCCGACGAGCCUGCGACGGAGCUGGACAACCUCGCCAAGUACGCCGCAUCGGCGUCGGCUGUCGCUUCGGCCAAGGCGCACCCCGACCACCCUGUGCGCGGCGACGGCGCCCCUUGCCUGUUGUGUGCUUACGCCGCUGACGAGGUGCGCCGGGGUGAGCGCGUCGUCGCCAUCGACGAGGAGGGCGGAUGGGUCGCCGUUGUGCCCUUCUGGGCCGUGUGGCCAUUCGAGGUCAUGGUGCUGCCAUACAAGCGCCACAUUCCCAGCAUUGCGCAGAUGACCCCCGAGGAGGACGCCGGUCUGGCAAGGGUGCUCAAGGAGACGCUUAUCCGCUACGACAACCUCUUCUCGUGCCCCUUCCCCUACUCGAUGGGCCUGCACCAGGCGCCGUUGCCUCCCACCAACCCUGACAGCGACCCAGCCCACACCCACUUCCACUUCUACCCCCCUCUCCUGCGCUCUGCGACUGUGCGCAAGUUCCUCGUUGGAUUCGAGAUGCUCGGCGAGGCGCAGCGCGACCUCACCGCAGAGCAGGCCGCCGCACGCCUGCGCAACCUCGACACGGUGCACUACCUCGACCUGCAGAGCCGCGUACCGAGCCCACACGGCAGCCCUCCAAUCUAGGAAGUGGGUGGGGAGAACGAGGGCGUUCCUUUUGUACGUAGACGCGCACGGCGGUGUGGUGAGCCAGGGUGACCGGCGACCGUCUGUCGUGUCUGCAGCAUUGCUGUGGACACUGAUAUCGCACGUCGUCGAAGAGGAGUUAGGCAGCGCCCACAUGUCCCUUUGAGGCUCUGGGUCCUGCGCUCCUAGGCGCUUGGUUGCGUCGACUCCUGAUUCUGAACACUUGCCGUGGCGUUCCCAUUUUGGUAUUCCAUGCACAUUGUAACACAGUGAA